UUGAAAAAUUGUACUGAUUAGCGAGUGAUGCUAAUAUUAACUCUGCUACUGAAGCGGGUCAUAUCUCUUUAAUUUGGCGAGUUAUAUCCUUUUGAAAUGGAGCACCAUCACGGCCAGUCUGACCCGAAUCAAAACAGUGACCUGAAUUUUGACCAGUUCAAGAAAAACGGCGAGACGUUCAGAAACACGAUGGAGCGGAUUUUUCAAAAAUACUCGAAUUUAUCAGAUCCAGGACCUGAUGUCUGUCUGAAAACGAUGACCUUCAUAUCUGGGAAAGGUUCUGUGCCUUUGAACAGCACCACAGCAGAAAAGGAGCUGCAGCACUUAAGGAAUCAGCUCAAAGAUCGGCCACUUCAGGCGUCGGAUAGUCCUCAGGAAGAGCGCACCCUCUUGGAUCAAGAUGUGAGCUCGUCUCUCUCUUCAAGCCGGGUGAUGGACGUAACAAUGGCUGAUCUUGACUGUUCCAUUCAAUUGGAAAACGGCAAUACCAGCCUGUGGUGUGGCUCUGAGACGUCCCAGCGCUCUCUGAAAUCAACAAGCAGUUCUCGUAGCGGCUUGUGGGGCGAGCCAUCUCAGCCUGAGGAAGAGGACCGGGAUCUGGAACGAACACUAAGCAGCCAUGGUGGCACGCUCUUGGACAUCUAUCCCAGCAUGCUGAACCAGAUCGGUCAGGCGUACCGACGUCAGCACGUGACUGACGUGGCUAGUGCCGUCUUGCGCAGGUAUCAUCGCAGGCGCUGGCAGUCUUCCCAGGCGCAGCACCGCAGUCAUGGCUUCAACAAUACUCAUAGUCAUACAUUGAACAGGACGAGAGAGAGCUCACUCACUGCCCGAAAACCACCCCAUGAUAACAUCACUAACCACCAGAAAAGUAAGUUGAAAUAUCAGGGAUCUUCACCGUGCAAAAGCAAGCCGGACUUUUCACCAGCGAAGAGCAUCAGUAAUACAUCCCUUGUAUCCACUGCUUGUUUUUAUUCGCCAAGAAGAGAUGUGGAGAGCAUGACAGGAGUGGAAAACGAGUCCCAUUGGACAGACCAACGCUCUGCGAACAGCGAGUUGUUGCAUCGCCCUGUACGUGUGCUGGACCUUUCAACGCCUCCGUCUUCCGUUUCUUCUUCCCCUCGUUCUCCAUCACCAGAUCUCAGCCAGACCUAUGUUGUCGAACCUGUCCCUUUGCCAAGAUCUCAUGGGGUUCCAGUCUCCUCUGCCUGUAGCUCAACCUGGUCGCCAUUAAAAAUUGCCAGAAUGUCAUCUCUCGCAAGCCAAAGAGGCAACUCUGUUAAUUCCUCACCGUCCUUCUAUCGCUCAGGCCUGCACAGGGACCACGUUAAUUGUCUCGCUGUUUCCCCACAGAGAGCUUUCAGUGGUCAUCUUUCUCAACUAAGGAGUCCUCUAAAGGCCAGAAUUAGCCUGGAACACGACCAGAAAACAUCUUUUUCCUAUCCCAAGCAAGCAUUACCUGUGAUUCAUACCUCCGAGGUGUGCCGAUCUUCCAAAGGCCAGAGAUACCCAUCUCCCCGCAAGCAAUUCCCACACCAUCAGGAGAAUCCCACCAAACAGCUGAAGCGUCAGCCAUCCUUCUCUGACCCAUCCUCUUCCAUCUCUCAGAUGCUCAGCAGGCAGAUUGAUACCGAGUUCAUGAGUCUUUAUCAUCAUUUUAUCUGUCGCAGCACUAACCCUACAUCUUCCUGUCACCUGUGCAAGAGGCAAUCAGGGGUCCAAAGUCCUGCUGUGUUCUCCAAGAGCAUGUACGCACUCUCUCUAACGCCUGUACGGAGCCGACUAAAGAAGAGACAUCGUGAGCCAGAGGUAGUGGAGUCCCUGCGGUUCAAGCGUUUCCGUGAGAGCUGUUCACCGCUCCGGACUAACCAGUGCUGGCCAAAGCAGCAGCAGACAAACAGAUAUGCGAAUACUGCAAUGGUGGAGCCAAAUGAGGACCAAUACACCUGGAACAGGGCUCUUCUCUUGCAGUGUCCUAGCCCGGGAUUUCUCAGAGCCAUCAGACAGCAUCGGAAAAGUACAUCAGGAAGCAAUGGAAAAGGACCAGGUUCCAGACCGGACCUGCAGACUCAACACUACUCCCCAUCUUUGAGAGAUUCACUGAGAAGUGAUGCAGGAGAAUGUCAGAAUUUGGACAUUUCUGAAGCAUAUGCAGGCACCAGGUCACCAAUGAAAACCUCGGAUCAACGUAGUGUCUCAGUCUCCCCAAGACUGUCAAGGAGGCGACUUCUGUAUGGACCCCUCCAAUGAUCAGCCUUCCCCAUUUGCUUGUGAUGGUUCAUUUAAGGGAAGCCAUUACUUUUUUUUCUUUAAAUAUCUGAAAUGUUGCAGUAUUUAAUUAACAUGAAGUUCAGAAUGGAAACAUUACAUUCAACACAGGCUCCAGUGUGUAUGUUUUUUUGUCUCAG